UCUGAUGCCGAAGCAUGUAAAGCGGCCCAUACACGCUCAGUUAUAUCGUGCAAGUCUGGUUACACAAUAUACUUGACAAUUUAAAGUUGCCCACACACAGGUUGAUAUAAUUGACACUUUAAUUUAACAGGCUCAGUUUGGUUUUGCAAUCCACUGAGAAAGGAUGGAGGAUUUUGACCCAGCAAUCGCCGUGGCCGUUGCUCUUGCUGUAGAAGAGGAAACUGAUGUUCCAAAAAGGAAACGUGCAAAAUGGUCAAAAGAAUGGUUUCUGCAGCGUUCAACAUUUGGACACACCAAAUUACUACGGGAACUGAACCUUAAUGAGCCAAGUGAUCUUAAACUUUUUGCGCAUGGAUGCCGAGUCCUGUAAUGAGCUAUUGAAAUGGUCGAGCCCCUCAUUGAAAAACAAACUACAAAUAUGCCUCAGCCCAUCUCUCCUACAGAGCGUUUAUCAAUUACACUGCGUUACCUGACCACGGGAAAUACAUUUGAAGAUCUGAAGUUUGUCAGUGCUAUUGCACCACAAACCAUCGGCAAAAUUGUUAUUGAAACCUGUGAAGCCAUCAUCAGCUGCUUACAUGAGUACAUAAAGGAGUUUGUUCACCAACUGCUUUCAAGUUGGUACCUGGAACCGAAGAUCAGCAGACAGCAUCAGAUUAUGGAAGUAAGAGCUCUCUACCAAAGAAAACUGAACACGGUCAUUUACGACAAGUGUAUUGUUGAGUUGCUUUUGUCUAACAUCAUGAGGCAAAUAUUUCUUAGGAUGUUUGACAAAUCCAUCUGGAGUUGAUUGGCUGCAGUUGCUGGUCUCCCCAGUGCUGUGACUUGUGCAUGCUAUCUCAGACACUUUGCUGUGUUUUCUCUGAAAAGAAAUAAUAUAAAUAUAAUAUCCUGAAAAAAUUAUGAAUAUAGUAACCUAUAAAUAGAAAACAGAACUGUUGGUUGGGUGAUUACUAUUACAUCAUAGUUAACUUAAACGUCACAUCGAUUUCACAAAAUACUGAGUGGGCAAGACAUGUCACCUACUCUUGCUACCAGUCCCCAGUUAUCCAUUUUACAAAUAGCCAUAAUUCUCCAAAUAUUACUCAUUUUGAGCAUCAAAUAACAAAACAAAUAACAAAAACAUAUAACAUGUUAACAAGUGUUCAUUUUAGGAAGAGGAAAGGGAAAGACAGCCCAACAUCUUCCCAUAGAAAAUACCAAUUAACCACACUUGGGGUAAUUUGUAGAUGGUGAGCCCUUACGUAUAA